UGUCCAGAAACACCCCAAUAAAUAUUCACUCCUCCCCUCUUACUAUCGUCGUCUUCCACUACACAUCCAUCUAGUGUGCAUUCUCCAAUUUACAACAGCUCCAUUGUCAGAGAUCAAACACAAAAGCAAACAUACCUAGGAAAAUAUGCCAUACAAGCUCAAGAACAGAAAUGUUCUCGUAACAGGUGGAAGUCGGUACGUCGUCACCCCGCACUUCUCCACACUAAUCAUUUAUCCACCAUCCUUUCAUUCAAAAGUAUAUUUUACUAAUGACGAGAUGGGACAGAGGACUAGGCGAAGUUAUUUGUCUCAAAUUCGCAGCGGAGGGUUGUAAUGUCGCUAUUAAUUAUGUUUCUAGCGAGGACAGGGCGAGGGAGUUAAAGGGGAGGAUUGAAGAGGAGUGGGGUGUGAAGGUUGUUUGUUUGAGGGGGGUGGGUUGAUUUUUCUUGUUUUAGAUGGGGAAUAUGAGAGGAAAGCAUCAGAGAGAGGAUAGGAUAAAAUUUCGUGAUGAACCAGGCUAAUGGUCAAAAUGCGGUUAGGAUAUGAGUCAAGAAUCCGACUGUAUCUCUGUGGUCAAGGAAACUAUCAAGGAGUUUGGAGGGUUGGACAUCAUUGUAUCAAAUGCUGUAGGUUUAUGGACAUAUCUUUUCCAUUCCUUUUUCCUUUACCCCUUCUCCCACCAUUCAAAUCAUCGAAGCUGAUAAAUAAGGGCUAUACACGCUUCUCAAAUUUCUCUGAUCUCUCAGCCCCUACGGCAGAAGAUUGGCAAAAAUGCUAUGAUACGAAUGUAGUGGCUCAGACUUACUUGAUGAAAGAAGCACUGUCUACUUUUCAGGCGAAUGAAGAAGGGGGAUCUUUCAUUAUGACGAGCAGUAUUGCAGGUAUCGUCGCCGGAGGAAGUGAGUGUUGUUUUUAUCUCUUUCCGCGAUCAUGUUUACUUGUCCUAGUGUAGGAUAUCUCGAACUUUCACAGGGAAGGUUUGAUAACGAGAUAUUUGAAGAGAUGUGAUGGAACAAAAGCAAGUGAAGAGAUAGUAGUUAGAGACGAGGCUAAUGAGUUGAAUGUAGGUUGUAUGCCGUAUUCGGUAACGAAAGCCGCUCAACUACAUUUGAUGAAAUGUUUGGCUGCUACCCAGGGGCCAAAGGUACGGGUUAAUGCUGUGUUGCCGGGCUUGUUGCUUACGGAAUGGGUAUGUUCUACACAUUCUUUACUUUUUUCUAAUCUCUGGAUCUCGCUUUGGGAAGGUUAUCUGGGAAUAAGUAGUGGCCUUGAUGAAUUGGAUAAAAUUAUAGGAAUUAUCGCAAGUGUCGUUUGUGGUUCGAAGUUUCAUCCACAAUUUUUUAUAUAUUGCCUACUUGCCCCUUUAAGGUUAUUGAUAAUGGAAUCUACCACUAACAUUACACAGGGGAAGAAAUACUCCGAGGAAGAUCAAGAGAAAUUGAAGGAUAGAGCAUUUUUGAAACAAGUAGUAAGUAUUUCUAUGGUUGCUUCUUUCUUGUGAUCUUUCUCACCCCUCCUGUAUCACGAAAGGUCAUCCCAAGGCAGAGUAUACUAAAAUACAAAAAUGUAGACGGAUAUCGAGGAUUGUGCCCAAGCAUUUGUGGAUAUCGCGAAAAACAGUAGUAUGACUGGACAGAAAAUACAAGUUGGUGCGUAUCUUAUUUCAUUCUUUCUAGGGCGACAUGAGAAGGAUUGAAAAGUGGUAGAGUCAAUGCUGACCUUUGACAGAUGCCGGACUUGCGCAGAAUGUGUGAAUCUCCGCAUAGUGCUGGAAAAAUGAGACAACUGUGGAAAAACGAGUUGGAUCUUUGCGGAAAAGUAAGGUUCCAGUAUGUAGUAAGCUUCAAUAUAAUUAAAUUAACACUAUUGUUUCUUAUUCUAUAAACAAUACCAAUACUUAUUUUGCUAUUGGUAGAAAGCCAAUCCCACGCAAGUACUCGACAUUCUUACGAAUGGCAGCUUCUACUCUUGA